CCGAAAGAAGAGGCAAAGAUGGCGGAUGUCGACCCUAAAAAGUUGUCCUGGUAAAUUGCAAAGCUUAGGCGUGUAACAGUUUCGCUCUCAAAGUAUCAUACAUUCAACACUUUUCAAAAUGGUGCGAGUACUUCUUUUUCAUUACUUCAAAUCUCAGCGAGUCUUCUUCGAUUCUUACCAACCAACUACGCUCGCUUCAACGAAGGACUAUCUCUUCCUCGCGACUGGGGAAAUGAAAGUCUUUGUCUACUCGCUGGAGCAGCCGAACUUUCCUCUUUUGUGCCAGUUUCCGACCAUGUCAAAACCAGUCAGGCUGAUGUGCAACGAGAAAGCAAAAUGUGUCGUGACAAUCGAGAGUUCAAGUAAGCGACGGAACUCAAGAGCGGGCAGUAAAGCAAAGGUUUGCAAAAAUGCUCGUGCUUACUUCAACUGGUUUAAAGCUAAUCCCGACGAGGCCGUGCGCACGUAUGUGGCUGGACAUUCCCGUUUUCAAAGGCAGGAAGCUGAAGUAAAUUGUAGAGCUUUUCUGGCUUUGGAAAUUCCAACUCAGUUUAAUGUGAACUCUGUCAGUUGUUGUCCAACAAGUGGAAAUAUCGCCAUUGCAAGCGAGAAAAAAGUAAGCGUGUUUAGGUGGAACGGUAAUCUGUCAUCUGAUGUCUCCGAGACUAGCGCUGCAUCACAAGACUUGGAACACUUUCUGGAUAUUGAGCCCAGUAUGGUAGUGAAAGAGGUGGUACUGGCUGACUCAUACCUGGCCUUCAGGUCUAAUUUAGAUGUCCAGAUCCUCAAGUUUGUGUUUACAUCUGAAGGAGAGUCCGCGUCAUCGAGCGGAAGUGGGAAAAGUACAAGUUCUGGUGUGGUUUUGCAAACUAGAUCAACAACUGGGAGGGCAUUUGAAUCCCUGCUACAAUGUACAGAACAAGUUACUGGAGAACAAGAAAAGGAUGACGACUGUGUUUUGUGGUCAUUUGAUGACUGUUCACCCGUAUCGAGUUUACCUCAACAACUCCCAGUGAAAUCAGAUGAAGAAGUCAUGUUCCCAACCAUUAGAAAAGAACAAGUGUUUAAAGAUUUCUUACCCGAUCCUAAGGAAGUACUGGGACCUGUGUCAGAGGUACCUGGACACCCUGUCACGGUGGCAUUUGGGGGACUGUAUGGUAUUGGUUUUGCUGUAGAUGGAUGCAUGUUAAAAGUGAAAGGAGUCACCAUGCUGUAUCGCAGAUUCAGAGUGGAGCAACUUAGCAAUGAUGGCAAUGACUCAGCAACACUUCACACACUACAGCUUCUCCCAACUUACACACAAGGAAUUCCUCAUUUAAAGGAGAAGCAGCGAUCUCCAUUGGUUCCAAGAAAUGUUUCUGAUCCUACCCUUUGUGGAAUGAGUUGCCUCAUCUCUGGUCCUAAAGAGGGUUAUGUGUAUGAUGUAUUUAGCACUUGCAAGCUCAUUUCCUAUUACAAGUACAGCUGUGAUACGAUCAGUGUUUCAACUUGCAAUGGUCUUCUUCAUGCGAUAACCAGGCAAGGAAUUGAGACUUAUACUGUGCGCAUGUACGCAGCUGCAUCAGAUUGGAUCAGAAAGAAUGCAGCUGUAGACAUUCAGCUUGAUGAACAAUUGCUUGAGGAGCAGAAGGUAACAGGCAGCCUUGCUGAUCACGAGGAAAACCUUAUUGAGGUGAAGAACAAGAAGGGAAAAGGUGACAAAGAUUUGGACAGUGAGAAUGCCAAUGAUUAUUCAACCAGUUGUCAUGCUGAAACUGAAUCAAUUCCAGAUUCUGGCUCUGCAGGGAGUGCGCAGAGUGAAGAAUCAUUACUGACAGAUGCGUUGAAUCACGAAGAACGAGAAAAUACAAAGCCAGAACCUCGAAAUGACAGUAACACUUGUGCCGCAGAGGAUGUGCCACAUGCAGCAUGCUCUACUGUUCGUUCAAACAAUGACCAAUCAGCCUCUAUGGUUGUAGAUUCUCCUGAAGGAAACACACUUCCAUCUAGACCUGGAAUCUCUGUGGACAUUUUGUCAGGUAACAAGGACGUUGACUCAUCAUCCUCAGAUGUCAAACUGACUGUUGAUAACUCAGGAAGAACCCUAGUGAGAUUUACUUCUGGAAGUAGAUCAACACCUCCAGCUCUGUCCAAUAAAGCGAGAUUGCCUGACAUUGAAGAAGUUCACGAUCAAGGUGAUGCCAAUGCAGAGUUAACUGGCAGUCUACUUACAAGAGCCUUUGCUAUAAGCAAUCCAUUGAGUCGUAGCAACAUUAUCGGUGCUAAAGUAAGUGACUCAGUCUAUCAAGCUGCUGUUAGCAGACUUUCCAGUGAUUGCGGAUGGACGUUGCCUGUUUUUGAUCUUGAAAGCUUGAGACAGGUAGGUUUAAAUGAUAGUCUCUGGAGUGCUAACUUUUUAAAUCUGUAUUUCUCAGUCUUUUCUUUUAGUUUUAAACAUAGAUCACUAAAACCUCAACAUGAUCAAGGAGAGAGUGCCAGUCCUGACUGGAGGGUGUUUGUCCUACAGAAUAUGGAUGCCACUCAGCUUUACAAAGCUGUGAUGCCAUUAGCUAGUCGUUGUCAGAAGCAUAAUGCACAGGCAUAUCACCACCUUGUGUGUGAACAGCAUUUUUUCCUGAGGACACUGUGCUUGGCGGAUUCCACUGCUAAAGAGGACAAGAAAAGAAAGAAGCUGAAAAAGCUUCUCUGUGAGUCUGCAGCAAAUUUGGCAGAGUUGUUUGCUAGAAUUCCUAGUGCUUACAAGGACAGCUUGGACUAUUUUGCUCUCUCUGGACUCACUCUGCGAGACAUUGUAGACAGGGCAAGUAAGUCUGGCCAGGCUGUUGGAGAGGGUGUCAUCUACUACUUGGAUGAAAAACUGCUGGGAUCAGAUGAAUCAGUUAAUGUGUCUGAGAAUACAGCCAGGAAAAUUUUCAAGCUUUAUUCCAGAGGGAAACCAGGUCGAGUUGCAGAGAUUAUUCUCAUGUCAUCCCUCAGCGGAUUUUCAUCAGACACAGCAUUAGUUGCCCUGGAAGAGCUGAAGAAGACUCGGAAAGCAGAAGGUGCUUUAUACAGUCUGUCGCCACUGGAUAACCUUGUGCGAGCAGUGUUGUAUCUUCAUCAGUGUGAACUUGAUUAUGCCCAAUCAGCCCUGUUCUCCAUCCCUAAGAAAAAGCUUGUUGAAGUUUUGACUGCUCAUUAUUACUUGCUACAUGAAGAUGGUACUCGCUUCACCCCUCUUGCACAGCUUUUAAGAAAACAUCGACCUAAGGUUUUACUGGAGGUUCUCCUUACUCUUCAUGAUAAUAAAUCCUUGUCUGUGGAGACACUACUCACUCUGCUGGGGGCUAGUAAACCGGAUGCAAGCCACAAUGAUGUCACCAUUGGAUUCAUGGAGGCUGUACUUAAUGAUAAAAACAGACUUGACGCAUUUGAUGUAACAGUGAUUCCACUCUGUGGGAUAUAUCUGGAAAGAAUUGGAAACACUCGAGGAAAGCGCCAGACUUCAGCAUCUCAUCAACACGUUCCUAAAGGGGAAGGACAUUUUGGAGCGCGUCAUCCGUGGUUGAACGAGCUGUCACCUUUCCAAGGGUCCUUGCCGCUCCCUGGGGUACCAGGCUGCCCUCUCUAUAAGCCAGCCCCUCCCCAGUGCUCCCCGCAGCUAUCUAAGUCCUCUUCACUAUUCUCCGGUCCAUCCAGACGUACUGCUGCCAAGGUUCCUUAUCUUGCAACUCAACGUAGUGUAGACACGCUAGCGUGCCUUACGGAGUGUAGCUGUUGUUGCUGUAAUGAGGAUCUCAUGAAACUUCAGGCGCUGCUGUGUUCCAAGUUUGUCAGCAGUGAGUUGUGUAACAUUGUCUUGAGCAAAAUUGAAGGCCAAAAGGUGAAAGAAAGAACGUCUUUACUGCUUCUCUGUUUGCCUCAUGUUAACAGACAUACUGAGGCCAUUGCUGUUAUGCUAGAUGAGUUCCCCUUGAUAACUUUACCUUAUGCAGAGCACUAUUUUGGUCAGGAUAUCGAAAAGUGGUCGCGUCUUGUCCAAACCUUACUUGACUUGUGCAAAGAAGAUACAAACAGUGACGACUCAGAGUUCAAGCGGGAGACCAUUGUGGUAGUCUUAAAAGGGACUCUUAACCAGCUGUCCAGAAUAGUGACUCCCAGCGAGUUUCUAGCUUUGUUGCCAAGCGAUGGAUGUCUUGGGUUCUUUUUGCCGUAUCUUCAACACUGCUACAGCCGGUGUGCGUCGGAUUCGGUCAGCGAGAGACUUGUGGCAGGAACGCGGCCACUGGCAACCUGAAAAACGUGAAAUACAGGUUUAAGCGUUUGUUGGGACGAGUGCGGUGCUCUCAGGGAAGACAUAAUUGUGGGCAAGGUUCUGAAUUCUAUUCAGAGUUGAGUCAUGGUUUGGCGGCGUCAUAAAAUUCUUCCAUAGCAUGAUACAAAUUGAAAAUUUUUUUUUUUUGAUUUAAGGUAAAUUCAAAUUUAUAUGUCAAAAUAUCAGAGGGAGGUUUGACCUGUGAUAAAUUAUUUACAAGAGAAACGAGUUGCAUUGCAUUUGUAAAUACAACAAGAGUAUUUUAAAUUAAGAGGAAAGAGAAAUUGUUCAGAAAAAGAAACUUAUAAGGAAGCUCAAAACCGCGCAGUGAAAUUUAAACUGUAUUAUCUUGACUUAUACAAAAGCAAGUACUUGUGAAAUGUUCGUGGCUAGUCUGACGCGGCGUUUCGUCUCGGCCAAGAGACUCUUAAGAGACCUUUAGAAUUCAAAGGCAAACUCGUUGAGCAUCACGCCCAAAGUCCCGUUCGCAAAUUCUUGAUUUUUACAGUCUGGCCCUCUAUCGCAGAAGGAUUCCCAACCGUACGUUCACGAGUUAAAUUUAUACAAAAGCAAACAGUUGUCAAAUACUUGUGAAAUGUUCGUGGCUAGUCUGACGCGGCGUUUCGUCU